UAUGGGAUCAGGUAGGAGGAUAGGUGAGACUCAGCUGUGGCAGCUGGCCCUUCUGGGUCUCUUCUUUUGGUGUUCUCUAACUGAUGCAACUCCGUUGAGCAUAAUGUCUUGCCCCAGCGUGUUGCGUGUAGGAGCAGAAGAAAAUAUCUUUAUAGAGUGUCAGGGCUGCACUGAUGCUCAACCUGACAUGAAGGUCACCAUCAAAGUGUUGAACAGUCCAACCAAAUCCACGAUACUGACGGAAACAUCUGUGACCCUUACGGGGCACAAUAAAUUCCAGCAGUUUGGACAAAUUACAAUCCCUUCUGACACCUUCUAUAAAAUUCCCAGCAUGAUGCAGCAUGUCUACCUGCAAGCUCAUUUCCCUGGUGUAAUAUUGGAGAAAGUCGUCUUAGUGUCCUUCCAGUCCGGCUACAUCUUCAUCCAGACUGACAAGACCCUCUACACCCCAAACAGUAUAGUUCAUUUCAGGAUGUUUGCAGUAACACCACGCAUGGAGCCUGUGGAGAGGGACACCCCAACCAGUACUUAUGCUUCCGUAGCCAUUGAGAUGAUGACUCCUGAAGGCAUCUCUUUAAGUCUUCCUGGUCCAGUCAUUCUGGAUUCAGGGAUGUACUCUGGAAUUUACCCCCUCAGUGAAGUUGUCAGUCUGGGACUUUGGAAAGUGGUGGCCAGGUUCCCCCACAACCCACAGUACAGCUACUCUGCAGAGUUUGAGGUCAAAGAAUACGUGCUGCCCAGUUUUGAGGUGAAACUGACGCCUAUGAGCUCCUUCUUCCAUGUCAACAGUCCAAAGCUCACCAUCAAAAUUAAAGCUACGUAUCUGUUUGGUAAAGAUGUGGAAGGGUCAGCCUCUGCAGUAUUUGGGCUCAUGCAUGAGGGUCAAAAGGCUGCCUUUCAAAGCUCCAUUCAGAGAGUGUCGAUCGAGGAUGGUGAGGGAGAGGUCACACUGAGGAAAGAGCACAUCAUACAGGCCAACAACAACAAUAACAACAUCGACAACCUGGUGGGGAAGUCCAUAUAUGUAGCUGUCAACGUGCUGACGGAAAACGGUGGUGAAAUGGUGCAGGCAGAGUGGAGAAAUAUUAAGAUUGUCAAGUCACCUUACACCAUCCACUUCAAGAAAACACCCAAAUAUUUCAAACCAGGAAUGAACCUCGAUGUUGUGAUUGAAGCUCUGAAUCCUGAUGACACUCCAGCAAAAAGUAUUGCAUUGAUGGUGAAUCCAGGCAAUGUGGUCGGCAGCACCGAAGACAACGGCAUGGCAAGGCUUUCUAUCAAUACGAACCCAACACUUGAACAACUUAUAAUUACUGCAUCGACUGACGUUCCUGGUGUCACCCAAGCAACAGCCACCAUGACAGCUUACCCAUACAACACCAAAAGCAAAAGUUACAUCCACAUAGGGGUGGGUAAAGCUGUGGUAAAAUUAGGAGAGAACCUGAAAGUCAACUUCAAUUACAACAAGCAGGAGGGUGCACAAAAUGACAUCACAUACCUGAUCAUGAGCAGAGGGCAACUGGUGAAAUAUGAACGUUACACGACAAAAUCUGAAGUGGUGAUAUCCAAAAUAGUUCACAUCACCAAACACAUGCUGCCAUCGUUCCGCAUCAUAGCCUACUACCAUACAAAUGACAAUGAAGUGGUAUCAGACUCUAUUUGGGUGGAUGUCGAGGACUCCUGCAUGGGCUCGUUGAAGCUGGAAACAAAGGAUUCUUCUCGUCAAAACUAUGAGCCUGGCGGGAGGAUUCAGCUGAAGGUCACUGGGGAUUCAGGAGCCACGGUGGGACUGGUGGCAGUUGACAAAGGUGUCUUCGUCUUGAACAACAAGCACCGCCUCACCCAGAAGAAGAUAUGGGACCUAGUGGAGAAGCACGAUACUGGCUGCACACCAGGUGGAGGGAGAAACGGCACUGAUGUGUUUAACGAUGCCGGGCUGGUCUUUCACUCCAAUGUGGGGAGUGGGACUCCCAACAGGAAAGAAUUGAAAUGUCCUUCUCCCAGUAGACGAAAACGAGCCAGCGCUAUACUGGAUUCUUCAACCAGCCUAUUGAGUCAGUUUGCAGACAAAAACCAACGUGAAUGUUGUUUGGAUGGCUUCAAGAAGACCCCCCUCUCAUACAACUGUGAGAGGCGCAGUGAGUACAUCAUGGAUGGUGCAGCGUGUGUUGAGGCCUUCCUGCGGUGUUGCAAGGAGAUGGAAAUUCAGGAAGCUGAGAAGAUGGAAGACAUCCUCACACUGGCUCGCAGUGAGGAAGAAUACAGUAACUAUGACACCAGUGAAAUUGUUACCCGUUCCAAGUUCCAUGAAAGUUGGCAUUGGACAACUAUCAAACUGCCUCCUUGCUCUGAACAUAACUGUGACACCUCAGAAAAGCUGACAUCAGUAUUCCCUUUGAAAGACACUAUCACAACCUGGCAGUUCAUCGGCAUCAGCCUUUCAAAAAAUCAUAGUAUCUGUGUGGCCGAUCCAUUAUCGAUAAUUGCACAGAAGGACUUUUUCAUUAAGCUCAAUCUGCCGUACUCUGUUGUCCGUGGGGAGCAGCUGGAAUUUAAGGCAAUCAUCCACAACUACAUAGAUCGUGGUUUCACUGUGCGUGUGGAUCUGUUUGAGAACGAGCACGUGUGCAGUGCAGCCUCUAGGCGUGGGAUUUUUUAUCAAGAGGUCAACGUUCGGGCCCAUGGUACACGAGCUGUAUCCUUUGUCAUUAUUCCCAUGAAGGCAGGAUCACUCACUAUUAAAGUCAGAGCAUCUGUUAAAGGCCAGAGAAUCGGUGAUGAAGUCCAGAAGACGCUGCUGGUGUUGCCUAAAGGCAAACUGACCAAAUCUUUAAAGAUUGUAACCCUCGACCCUGCUAGGAAAGGUGUAGGUGGAAGACAUAUGGUAACUAUCAGAAAUGAUAUUAAUAUGCAAGAGGUGGUUCCAGGCACAGAACCAACUACAGAGAUUUAUGUGUCAGGCAGAGAGCAGUUGGGUGCACUGGUGGAGGAAACCAUUGGUAAUAAAUCAAUGGGUAGUAUGAUCCAAAAGCCAAAAGGCUGUGGAGAGCAGAAUAUGGCCCUCAUGACCCUCCCUGUCAUUGCAACCAGGUAUUUGGACAGAACCAACCAGUGGAUUACUGCAGGCGAUGACAGACGAGAUGAAGCCCUCAAUUUCAUCUCGAUCGGCUACACCAACCAGCUGAACUACCGUAAGCCGGAUGGAUCUUUUGCUGUGUUCCAGAGACGUCCCGGCAGUACCUGGCUGACAGCUUACGUUGCAAAGGUGUUUUCCAUGGCCUCUACACUGGUGGCAGUGGACAAGAAAGUGGUCUGUGACGCCCUCAAUUUUGUGAUUGCCCAUCAGCUAAACACCGGCCAGUUUGAAGACGUUGGAGUAAUCUUUGAUACAACAAUGAUUGGUGAUGUGCGUGGCACAAAUUCAGAUAUCUCCAUGACAGCCUUCUGCCUUAUUGCCAUUCAGGAGUCACGCACACUGUGUAGUCGUACUAUUCCUCAUCUGCAAGGCAGUAUAGACAAAGCAGUUGCAUACCUGGAAGGGCAUCUGCACCAGAUCACCAACCCGUAUGCUGCUGCAAUAUCAUCAUAUGCCCUGGCUAUUGAAAACAAACUAAACCGCCAAAUCCUGAUGAAGUUCUCCCGAGAGUUAAACCACUGGCCUGUAUACUCGAAACUUUUAACACUUGAGGCAACAGCUUACGCUCUUCUGGCUCUGGUCAAGGUCAAGGCCCUUGAGGAAGCCAGACCUAUCGUCAGAUGGUUCACCAAACAGCAGAGUUAUUCUGGAGACUAUGGAUCCACCCAAGCCACUGUAAUGGUAUACCAGGCAAUGGCUGAGUACUGGACCGUUGCUAAUGAAGAAGAUUACAGCAUGAAUAUUGACCUUAGGCUUCCAGGAAGGACGGGUGUUUUGAAAGUCUUCCUCGACAAUAAAAACCACUUUUACACUAAACGAGAUGAGUUUAAAGCCAAGAACCAGGAUGUGAAUGUGACUGCUGAAGGAACAGGAGAAGCAACGGUGAAAAUGGUGUCGGUGUAUUAUGCCCUACUUAAAGAAAAUGAAAGCAACUGCAACAAGUUCAACCUCUCUGUGAAACUCGUACAAGGGGAGAAUGAGAACAUAUACACACUGAAAAUAAAGGUUAUGUAUUUGGACGCGCAGAGUAAUUCAACUAUGGCAAUUGUGAAUAUUGGCAUGCUGACUGGCUUCACUGCUGACAUAAAUGACCUAAAAAUAUUGUCCAAAGGACCUGCCCGAGUCAUUGAAAAGUAUGAGGUGGUAAAUAACAGGACAGACGGAGCCUCAAUCAUCAUCUACUUGGAGAGGAUUUCUAAUAAACAAGAAGAAGAGAUCUCUUUUAAGCUCCAUCAGGAGGUGACUGGGUACCUCUUACAACCAGCUGCUGUGACUGUCUAUGAAUAUUAUGACCAUCAAAACAAAAACGAGACACAUUGUGUGAGAUUUUACCACCCAAAGAGGAAAAGUGGAGAGCUACUGAGGCUGUGUAGAAAUAAUGAAUGCUCAUGUGCUGAAGAGGAAUGCACGAAGCAAAAAAAGGACAAAAUCAGCAAUGAUGACCGCUACAUUCAAUCUUGUCUGAGUACCGAGGAGAGUAAAACAGAUUAUGUGUACAAAGUAAGAGUGGUGAAGUUUACGACUGAAUUGUCCACUGACAUUUUCAAAAUGGAAAUUUUGAAAGUCAUCAAGGAAGGUACUGACAUUGGUGCUGUCGGUAAAUUUCGUGAAUUCAUCAGUUAUGAACACUGCAGAGAAGCUUUAAAUCUGCUCAUUGGCAAAACCUACCUUAUCAUGGGCAUGGACAGAGAUGUUAGGCUUUUCAAGAAUACUCAAUCUCAUCAGUAUGUGCUUGGUGAAAGAACCUGGAUUGAGUACUGGCCCACGGCUGAAGAGUGUCAGAAUAAGAAAUAUCAAUCCACCUGUACGGGCAUGGAAGAUUUGGAGCACAAGUACUCAUUCAUUGCAUGUAUUGCGAAAUGAAACUCAAGGAAAUAAAAUUACCUUUUAAAAUUCUGGAAA